AUGCGUUGUUCAAGAUUUCUCUCACUCUACGGCUUUGUAAUCCUCUCCAAUCUUAUUCAGCUUGAGGCCCCGGGAAAGUUUUCGCCGUCUUGCAGUGCCACGUUUAACCAAAGCAUUGCGUGCAGCCUCGCCCUCUCUCGUGUCGCAUCAGGAUCCUUGAUCCCCACCGCGAACGAUCUCCCAAAGAUCUGCACUGACGCCUGUUUGAGCGAACUGAAGAGCUUACGGACGAAGCAGCUCAAGGCUUGCAAUAGCUCAGACGUGGCAGUUAUCGAGGGUUUGGCGUAUCCUGCGACGUAUACUACAGAUCUUCUCUUAUAUACCUACAACUAUGCGUGCAUGAAGAGUUUAACUGCGAGCGAUUACUGCUUUCCAGCCUUCUGGGAGUGGAAUAAUGAUACCACAGCCGCGACCUCUGCUCAGCUAUGUUCAGACUGCAAUUUGCGAAUCCAGCAGGCUCAACUAGAAUCGCCAUUUGGAUAUGACGAUGAUGCGGCCAGCGAUUAUGCAUCACUGACAUCUUCUCACUUCUCCAUCUACUUAUACCUUGCCAAGGACGACGCAACACGAUUCGACCAGAGUGUCUACUACCAUAGCUGCUACACCUUCCUGUCCGUCAGCGAGUCCCAGAAGGUGGCAACGUUUCAUCUCAUGCAAGCCAAUAACCUGCCUGGAUACUGUUCGCAAUUUCCUCGGACGGGAACAAACUUGUGCAUCCCUCAAAGCUGCAAUCUCUACACAGUGGCGGGCAAUGACACUUGUUACGGAAUUGCCCAGGCCCACAAUGGGACAUUCUCUGCCACUCAACUGAUCUCUUGGAAUCCCAACAUUAACCGGCAGUGUUCGAACCUGAACCAGAUCACUGGAUAUCAGAUCUGUGUAAGCUUCCUAGGGCCACCAAGUGUCGUUGCAAUCGGAAAUGAGUCCAUCACAGCCCCAUCAGCCUUAACCAUCUCAACUAUUUUCUUCUUCCCAGGUGGCAAAUACUACCUGGCUGUCGACGGCGAUAGUUGCGCAAGCAUAUCCAUGGCCAUGGGCAUUUCUCUAAAGGACUUCUUCUUCCUAAAUCCCAUGAUAAAUAGCACAUGUGCAUGGGCACCAAAGGAGGCCCUUGCCAUCAACUGA